GUUCUUUGCAGGUUGUGUGUUGGAGGCGGCUCCGGAUUCUUUUCCUACUAACUACUGCUGCUUGGCUUUGACUUUCCUCGCGUAACGCAGGCCAAACCUCAGCACCUUGCACUUCGGCCCAUACACAUGUCUUGACGUCUACAUGGCCGGCUCGCAACGAGGGCCGUUGAUAGAUCAGUGGAGACCAGAGGAUCCAAAAUCAUCAACACACCGCCCUCGAGAACGUCCCAGGCUGGAGCGCAGCCGUUCAAGGGACAUUCGCGGCCGCUCGCCUGCAUCACCGCGGCGUCUGCACCGCAACUCCAUUGAUCACACCAAGCACAGCUCUCGAGCAGUCUCCCGACACACGAGAGACCGAUCAGCGACACGCCGCCGAAGUCGUAGUCGAAGUAGGCCUCGUCAUCGGGACAUAGCCUCCACACCAGCGCGUCAAGACGAGCGUGACGAUCUGUAUCGGCCAUCACGCAACAGGCAACCCAGCUCAGAACGUCCGCACCGUCAUCGCGAACGCUCGUCCGUAGCAGCCAAACGCCGUCGAAGCAUCUCACGCUCGCGAUCUCGCGACUCGGCAAGGCUAACGAAGAGGCGUAGAAGUCGGAGUGCCGUCCGUUCGCCAUCACGAUCCCGUGGUUUAGACGCAACGCGCAGGCCCCUCGAUCGAGCCUUUUCCCCUCGAGACACACGUCCCCCACGGCGAAUAAGCCCUGACUCCUAUAUACCAUCUCGUCGCCGCUCAAGAUCACCGGAGUCCUCACGAUAUCGUCCCAGUUCACGAUCACGUCGAAGAUCACCGGCGCCUGACCGUCGUCUGUCAACGCAGCGUGUCGGCUCACCAAACCCCGCUUCAUCGUAUAGACACAAGGAAAGGCGCUCACCAUCGGUUGAACACAAGAAAGAGAAGCCAAAAGACCUAUUUCAGUCUCGCCUGCGGUCUGACACGAAUCUUAGCGAGCGUAUCAGGAAAGAACAACCCCUCUCUUCAUUGACGAAGGGCAAACGGACCCGCUCUCCGUCACCCCGUAGGAGACCAUCCUCUCCAGCUACAAAUCAACGUAAAAGACGAUCAAGAAGCCGUAGUCGUGCUUCACUGCACCGACGCCGUUCUCGCACUCCCGUUCGACUGAGAAGUCCGCGUAGCUCGAGACCCACAUCUCCUGACCGAGCCGUAAAGGCUACUCGUCAUAGCUCUGUAGAGCGACAAUCAAAGGACGAGAGCACCAUGAGGGGUUCAUUCGUACAUGGUCGACCCUCGCGGUCUCAGGUCGACACACGAAAUUAUUCUGACUCUCCGCCCUACAAUGCACCAAAUCAAAUGAUAUCUCAUGCACAGUCGCCAUACAACGGACGCGGGGGUCAAAACCAGUACGGUAGUCAUCAAGGAUCACCCGUACAAGGCUAUUCGCCACAUCAGUCUCCAUACGGCCAUCAGUCUCCGAAUCAGGCCCAGUAUUAUCAGAAUCAACAAUACAACACCCAGGGAGGUAGCAUGACUCCAGGCUACAAUUCCCCAUCAUAUCGUGGUGCACAUACGCCAACGAGAGGUAGUCGAUUCCCUUCAGGCCCAUCUGCUCAGAAUUAUGCGGCACCUUCUGGCAGAGGACGAGGUGCACACUUCAGCAACCUGUCAUGGACACCUGCAACUGGCAGUCGUGGAGGGAAGGCUCCGAUAGAUAAAACCCGUGCCAUCAUGGCACCGAUCGCAGCCCAGUCAAUGGCGCAUGCCGCAGCAGCCCAAGCUGGAACCAGUUUGAUAUCUUCGAAAGAAGAAGAUACAGAUAACCCAUUCAGACCAUCGGCUGAUAUGCGUGCUGAAAAUAUUCAGGAAGAGACCGAUAAUCCGUUCCGUCCCUCGCUGGAUUUGCGCGUAGAAGAUUCAAGCACAGAUAUAAAAACAUCUAUGCCCCCGCCUAGCAAACCUAGCGCAGGAAGCAUGUCACCAGCUGGGCCUAAGAUAAGCUUUGCUCUCAAGACGAAACCAGCUACACAGCCCGUUACAACACCAAAGGCCGAUUUAGGACAAAAGGCUCGCGAGGCUUUGAGCACAUCCAAGACGAAGUCAACUUCGCCAUCUUCAACUAGGCGUGAUUUAGAUGGUCGGUAUGAUAGAAGAUAUGAGUCGUACGACAGCCAUCGAAGAAGCGACUAUCGUAAGGAUGACCGGCGAGAAGACCGACGAGAAGACCGACGAGAAGACCGGCGAGAAGACCGGCGGGACCGUCGCGAUGAACGAUACGACAGCCGCGAUCGAAGUCGUGACCUUUUGGACGAUGCUCGUGCAUCUCGCCGCGACGAACGGAGAGAAGACUGGAGCGAGCAUGCUCGAUAUGCUGACGGUCGUCGCCGUGCGCCUGAGUCAAGGCCUGAGUCAAGGCCUGAGACUCGUCCAGAACGUCGCCCUGAUAAGUCAUCAGGACCACCGCUCGUACAGAAAAAGAUCAUGAAACGUCCGAAACCACGACCGACACUCCCGCCAGAUUUCGCCACGUCCGAUUCAGUCUAUUACCGGAAACCUGGUAAUGAAUCUGUAAUAGGAUCUGGUACCUAUGGCAAAGUCUUUAAAGGUGUGCAUGUCUAUACCAAAGACAUGGUCGCGUUGAAAAAAAUACGGAUGGAGGGCGAGCGCGAUGGAUUCCCUGUUACCGCAAUUCGCGAGAUUAAGCUGUUACAAUCACUCAACCACGACAACGUUGUCAAGCUUCAAGAGGUCAUGGUGGAGAAGAACGAUUGCUUCAUGGUGUUCGAAUAUCUUUCCCACGACUUGACUGGGUUGCUCAACCAUCCUACAUUUACCCUCGACCACUCACAGAAGAAAGAUCUGGCCAAGCAGUUGUUUGACGGACUGAACUAUCUUCACACCCGUGGCGUUCUGCAUCGAGACAUCAAAGCGGCAAACAUCCUUGUCAGCAAUACCGGGGUGUUAAAACUCGCCGACUUUGGACUUGCUCGAUUCUAUGCCAAGCGCGGCAAGCUUGACUACACGAAUCGUGUCAUCACAAUCUGGUAUCGCAGCCCGGAACUUCUCCUCGGUGAAACACAGUAUGGACCCGCUGUGGACAUCUGGUCUGCAGCCUGUGUACUGGUCGAGAUCUUCACGAAGCAUGCCAUUUUCCCAGGUGAUGGGGGUGAGAUCAAUCAGCUUGACAAGAUUUACAACGUCCUUGGUACGCCUACUCGCUCUGAAUGGCCUGGAAUCGUUGAGAUGCAAUGGUUUGAGCUUCUUCGCCCUACGGAGCGCAAAUACUCGACGUUUGCAGAAAAAUACAAGGACCGCGUCACGCCCGCAGCCUUCGAGCUGUUAUGUGCCAUGUUUCAGUACGACCCUAUCAAUCGACCGAGCGCCUCUGACGUUCUCGAACAUCCGUACUUCGCAUCGGAAGAGCCGAUGCCACGCCGUGCAGUCGAGCUCGCUGAGUUAAAGGGUGACUGGCACGAGUUUGAGAGCAAGGCCCUAAGAAGGGAGAAAGAGCGGGCCGACCGUGAAGCACGGCAUAAGCAGCGUGAGUUGGAUACAGGAGGAGAGGCUGUCGGUAAGGUCGAAGCGGAGAAGCGCAGGGCAGAAGCACCGCCCAAUGAACCUGAUGCGAAACGCCUAAAGGCUGAUGGGGCUUCAUGAGCAAGUCCGCCUCCUUUCGUUCUUGGGGAGGAGUUGGGAGCCUUCUAAUUCACGGCAAGGCUGGCAUGAGUGAUUACCCAAACUUUUCAAACGUCAUCAGCUUGCGAAUUCGCACCUAGUCUGUCUGCAUUUGCAUCAUAAAAACCUGCCACAGGCGACGAAGGUCCGUGAGGUAUGCUGAGCAUGAAACAGCGAUAAUGUUGUAACUGUUGUAACAUGUUGAUACAAAAUAUUG